CUUUCUUGGAUACACAAGCAGCACUAAGUGCUAAAUGCUUCCAGCAGUCAGUAGUCUCUCUUCUUCUUGAUCUUCAAUGGGAUCUGCUUUACAAUUCAUUCUUUUCUUUGUUUGCUUAACUCCAGCAAUCGUGUGCCAGGUUACAGAAUUCAUUAGUAUAGAUUGUGGAGGCGACAAAAGUUUCACUGAUCCCAGUACAGGCUUAGUAUGGAACUCGGAUACUGGAAUUAUGGCUCAUGGAAAAUCGGUGGAAGUGAAAAACACAAAUGGAAACCCGCUCCAGUACAGCACAAGGAGAGAGUUUCCUAUAGACAACAAGAAGUAUUGCUACACUUUAAAAACUGAAGAAAGAAGGCGAUAUAUUGUUCGAGCAACAUUUCUGUAUGGCAGCUCUGAAACUGAGGAACCAUACCCCAAAUUUCAGCUUUUCUUGGAUGCGACAAAGUGGUCAACUGUAUCAGUGGCUGACGACUCUCGAGUAUAUGUUAAGGAAAUGAUCGUACGGGCACCUUCGUAUUCCAUUGAUGUAUGCUUGUGCUGUGCAACCACGGGAUUUCCAUUCAUCUCCACUAUUGAGCUGAGGCCGCUGAAUCUAUCGAUGUAUGCCACAGACUAUGAAGAUGAUUUCUACUUAAAAGUGGCAGCAAGAGUCAAUUUUGGGGCUUUGAGCAAGGAUGACAUAAGGUAUCCAGAUGAUCCUUAUGACCGCAUAUGGGAAUCUGAUCUGGCAAAGAGGCAAAACUAUCUCGUAGGGGUAGCUCCUGGCACAGAAAGAAUCAGCACGGCGAAGUACGUUGACACCAACACAAGGGAAUACCCGCCUGUAAAAGUGAUGCAAACUGCAGUUGUUGGCACAAUGGGGAGGCUUAGUUACAGAUUAAAUCUAGAAGAUUUCCCAGCUAACGCCCGAGCUUACGCCUAUUUUGCAGAAAUCCAAGACUUGGCAGAAAAUGAAACUCGAAAAUUUCGAAUGGAGCAACCUUAUACUGAUUACAGUAAUGCAAUUGUGAAUAUAGCAGAAAAUGCAAAUGGCAGUUACACGCUUUACGAGCCAAGUUACAUGAAUGUCACACUGGAUUUUGUGUUGUCAUUCUCCUUUGUUGAAACCAGGGAUUCCUCUCGGGGACCACUACUUAAUGCCAUCGAAAUAAGCAGAUAUGUACAGAUAGCUGCAAAGACGGAUGACAAAGAUGUGAGCACUCUCAACGUCAUUCGAUCAAUGUCCACAGAAAGUGAUUGGACAGAUGAACAAGGCGAUCCUUGUAUUCCAACGCCAUGGGAAUGGGUGAAUUGCAGUGAUACUGUACCACCAAGAAUUACAAUAAUCUUCCUUUCAGGUAAGAAUGUUAAAGGUGAAAUUCCGUCAGACCUCAAGAACAUGGAAGGCCUGACAGAGUUAUGGCUGGAUGGCAACUUUUUCACUGGUCCUAUCCCUGAUCUGAGUAACCUUGUCAAUCUUAAAAUUCUGCAUUUUGAGAACAACAAGCUGACAGGUCCAGUACCUUCUUAUAUUGGAAGUUUGCCAAGUUUGAAAGAAAUAUAUGUCCAGAACAACUCCUUGAGUGGGGAAAUACCUGCAUCAUUGUUGACAGGAAAACAAAUUUUUAGAUACGAAGGCAAUGCUCAUUUAAGACGGGGGGAAAAGAGCAAGAGGCAUUACAAAUUGGUGCUUGGAAUUUCAGUUGGGUUGCUAGCAAUUCUUUUUGUCCUUUUCAUGGGAAGCUUACUUCUACUACGUUACAUUAGAGUAAAAAGAUCUUAUCACAAAUUUGACGAUAAAGGUAAUUCUUUGCGAAAUAGCACCAAGCCAUCGACUCACUACUCAAUUACACGGGGUGGGUCUCUAAUGGAUGAAAGGGUGGCGUGCUAUUUUUCCUCAACUGAAAUUGAAGAAGCAACCGAUAGGUUCUCAAGGAAAAUUGGAAAAGGAAGUUUUGGACCAGUAUAUUAUGGGAAACUGAAGGAUGGAAAGGAGGUAGCAGUCAAGAUCAUGGCUGAUUCGUCAAGUCAUGGGACCAGACAAUUUGUUACCGAGGUUGCCCUCUUGUCAAGGAUCCAUCAUCGAAACUUGGUUCCAUUAAUAGGAUACUGUGAGGAAGAACACCAGCGCAUGCUUGUCUAUGAAUACAUGCACAAUGGAACCUUGCGGGAUCAUAUAAAUGGUUCUGACCACGAGAAGCAUUUAGACUGGUUAGCACGUCUUCAGAUUGCAGAAGAUGCAGCUAAAGGACUUGAGUAUUUACACACUGGAUGCAACCCCACAAUUAUUCAUCGGGAUGUGAAAACAAGCAAUAUUCUUCUAGACAACAAUAUGAGAGCUAAAGUAUCUGACUUUGGACUUUCAAGGCAAGCUGAAGAAGAUUUAACACAUAUAUCCAGUGUGGCACGAGGAACAGUAGGGUACCUUGAUCCUGAGUACUAUGCAAAUCAGCAAUUAACAGAAAAAAGUGAUGUUUACAGUUUUGGUGUUGUUCUUUUGGAACUCAUCUCUGGAAGGAAGCCCGUUUCAUUCGAGGAAUAUGGAACUGAAUGGAGCAUUGUCCACUGGGCAAGGUCGUUGGUUCGAAAAGGAGAUGUGAUUAGCAUUGUAGAUUCUACAUUAUUAGGAAUGGUAAAAAUGGAAUCUGUGUGGAGAAUAGCAGAAGUUGCAAUCCAGUGUGUGGAACAGCAUAGUUCUUCACGGCCAAGAAUGCAGGGAAUCAUAUUGGCCAUACAAGACGCAAUCAAGAUUGAAAAAGGAACUGAUAAACUAUCUUCAGCAGGAAGUUCAAAAGGACAAUCUUCAAGGAAAACACUGUUAACAAGCUUUCUUGAUAUCGAAAGCCCAGACCUUUCUAAGGAUUCCCUUGUCCCAUCUGCUAGAUAGAGGAGUGACAGUCUCAACACACUUAACUAUCUGUAUUUAGACUGGUAUAGAGUUCAUUGUGUUUUUUCUUUGUUCCCCCUUUUCUCCUGUCAAAAGUAAAUCAAAGAUGCGUCUGUAUUACUGAGCUUUCUAUAGCUGACAGGUUUAGGUUAAGAGUAACAGAAGAAUAGAAUACACGUUUCCAUCUUCAUUGGAACUUAAGGUCUUGUUGUAAAGCUAAUUUAUGACCGUGGAUGAUGUGUUAUAGCAUAAGCUUAACUAA